CAUUAUUUCUGUUAUAGGUCCUGUAAUUAAGAUUAUAUAAAAUGAUUGAUUAGGUUUCGGAAACAUCUGGCAACCAAAGUCUUCGCUUCGCCUCAUAGAGAGCAGAUGAUGGUUCGGGGUUGGGUUACAAUCGCCCAUCCUGAUCUUCAAAUAGCAGCCCGCAGCUCCACACAGUCGCUUGUGCCGGAGAAUUGAAACCGAAAUUCAACACCACCCGUUCCUACAGCCGCUAAAACGUGCUGCGAUUUCGGCCCGGUGUUUAUUUGGAGACUCACACGAUCUUCUAGCGUUUUCUAUAACUAACUGCACUAGUUAUCAGUUCAACCGGACGAAGUUGAACGCAUUUGAUUCAACUACUUUCCGGGUUCUUUAGUCUGUUUGUUGUUACAUUACCGUAUCAUCAUGCCUCAUAAGCGGCGAUCGCAGUCGUGGACGGAGCUGAAACAAGCCGGUAACGAGCGUUUCAAAGCCGGUCAGUAUGGAGAAGCUGCGUCUCUUUAUACCCAAUCCAUCGAGCUGCUGGAGAAGAAGUCUGGUCAGAAGAACAAGGAGGAUCUGAGUAUUUUGUAUUCAAACAGGGCAGCCAGUUACCUGAAAGACGGAAAGUGUAACGAAUGCAUUAAAGACUGUUCGACGUCACUUGAUUUGGUUCCUUUCGGAUUUAAAGCUCUGCUUCGCCGGGCAUCUGCGUACGAGGCCGUGGAGAGAUACCGGCUGGCUUAUGUGGAUUACAAAACAGUUUUACAGAUAGACUGGAACAUACCAGCUGCUCACGAUGGCGUCAACAGAAUGACCAAGGCUUUGACGGAUAUAGACGGACCAUCUUGGCGAGAAAAGCUUCCUCCCAUCCCCACCGUUCCAAUGUCAGUUAAAGAAAGUCUGGCACAGGCCGUAAGCUCCGCCCCCACCGCACAACAGAACGGUCUGAAUGAAAACAAGAAGAAAGUUCCAGGACCUGAAGCUGUUAAAAAAGCCAAAGUUUUAAAGGAGGAAGGCAACGCACUGGUGAAGAAAGGAGAGCACAAGAGAGCGACCGAGAAAUACACACAAUCUAUAAGUCAGGACCCAACAGAAGUCACAACCUACACAAACAGGGCUCUCUGCUAUCUGUCUUUAAAGAUGUUUAAAGAAGCAAUAAGUGAUUGUGAUGAGGCUCUUCAGUUGGAUUCCUCCAACAUCAAGGCAUUUUACCGACGUGCACAGGCAUACAAGGAGCUUAAAAACAAGAAAUCCUGUCUUGAAGAUCUCAAUAGCUUGCUCAAAAUUGAACCGGGCAAUGCGGCUGCACAAAAGCUACUACAGGAGGUGCAGAAGAUGAAAUAACCCCCUCGCUUGUGUACCAUAGUUCCUCUGGACAUUUAUCUUCUCAAUCCAGUUUAUUUGCCUCUCGAAACAUUUACAGCUGAUAAACACUGACACAAAUCAUUUGUGAAACUGGGUAUUAUUUGAUUACGAUAUAGAUUUUAAAAUAACACUUCUUAGGAUUUCGGUUUAUAAAGUCCACAUCAUGUGUUCAUUUGGUAAAGGUUGUUCUAGUUUUGUUGAAUUGUCCAUUAAUUAAAAUGUAGCUGGUUUUUAUUUUUAGGAUCUAAUAUACCUCAAAGGCUUAAGAUAUUCUGAAUCUUGAUAACAUUUUAUUUCCACUUCAUGUUGAUAAUAAUGUAAUUAU